AUGAAAGGCAUCAUCGUACUCGCCGUCGUACCUUUGGUUUUCGACCAAUUUUACCAAAAAUAUGAUUUUAGACGAAUAUUUUCUAUGGAUUCGAAAAAUGUUGCUGCUAGAAAUAUUGAAGAAGUACAAUUACUCAGGCGAAAAGAAGAAAUUAUAUCUAAUCAUAAGUUUAUAUUGCCAGAGUUCGAAAAUGUAGGCCAAAAAAGAUUCAGAAUAACCUACAAUAGGGCCAAAAAUAAAACGAGCAAUAUGAACGAUAUCAUAGAAGACGAUAAG